AAAAAUAUUUGUUUCUUUCAUCCUUUAUUCUUUAUUUCAUUUCCUCUUAAUUGAAAAUCCGACACAGCCUCCAUCUCUAUCUCUCUAGACUUUCCGUCCGACCUGAUCAUCGGAGCACGCCGGAUUCGUGACGGACGAGCUUCUUCUAAGCCUGAUUGUUACCGUUUCUGUUUACUUUCAGUUUUAUACAUUAUGAUGGAAUCCCACUUUCGUAUCAAACCCAACUAAUAAUGCUGGUUUGCAAAUUUCUGCUGCUCAAGAGACGAGCAACCACUCUAAAUGCCCUCUUUGUGGACUUCAUAACCAUUGCUCUAUUGCUGGGCCAUCUGAUUGCUUUGGUAUCCUUUUCUGCCGCCUUAAUUGAUGUCCACUACUGCACAGUUAUACAAGUUAAUCAUCACUGUUGCUCACAAUUUGGAAAUCAUGGUUUGCUGGUCUAUGUGUUUCUGUAUGACUUGCUAGAAUAUUUAUUUUCUAAUGGCAUCAAGAUCAUGUGCAAACUUUCUACACUUGGCCUCUGGUAACCUGUUGGAUAUGCCUCAAACUCCAAGGGCUCUUCCACGGGUGAUGACUGUGCCUGGAAUUAUAUCUGACUUGGAUGAUAAUGGCAGUAACGAUGGUGAUUCUGAUGUCUCUUCAUCUAUUGGCCGUGAGAGGAAAAUCAUUGUUGCUAAUAUGUUACCUCUGCAUGCUAGAAAGGAUUCAGAAAGUGGCAAAUGGUGCUUCACUCUGGAUGAGGAUUCUCUCUUAUUACAAUUAAAGGAUGGCUUUUCUUCUGAAAAAGAGUUUAUUUAUGUUGGGUCUCUCAAGGCCGAUGUAGAUGCUAGUGAACAGGAGGUAGUUGCCCGGCAAUUGCUGGAGGAUUUCAAUUGUGUACCUACAUUCUUACCUCAGGACUUGCAGAGGAAGUUCUACCAAGGGUUUUGUAAACAACAGCUAUGGCCUCUCUUUCACUACAUGCUCCCCAUGUGCUCUAACCGUGGUGAUCGCUUUGAUCGUUCUCUUUGGCGGGCUUAUGUUUCUGCAAACAAAAUUUUUUCUGACAAAGUCAUGGAAGUAAUUAACCCGGAGGAUGAUUGUGUUUGGGUUCAGGAUUAUCACCUAAUGGUUCUUCCAACAUUUUUGAGAAAACGUUAUAAUCGUGUUAAGCUUGGAUUCUUCCUCCACAGUCCAUUUCCUUCAUCAGAAAUAUAUCGAACAUUACCUGUUAGAGAUGAACUUUUGAGGGGACUGCUGAAUUGCGAUCUUAUUGGUUUUCAUACAUUUGAUUAUGCCCGACACUUCCUGUCGUGCUGCAGCAGAAUGCUUGGCCUGGAUUAUGAAUCGAAGCGUGGUCACAUAGGACUUGAUUACUUCGGCCGCACAGUCUAUAUAAAAAUUCUACCUGUAGGCAUUCAUAUGGGCCGACUUGAAUCUGUACUGACUCUUCCUUCUACAUCUGCAAAAGUGAAGGAGAUUAAAGAUCAGUUCAAUGGGAAAAAGAUAAUUCUUGGUAUUGAUGACAUGGACAUAUUCAAAGGAAUCAGUCUGAAACUUAUGGCCAUGGAGCAUCUUCUGCAGCAGCAUCCAAAAUUUCAGGGAAAGGUGGUACUUGUUCAAAUUGUUAACCCUGCAAGGGGUUCGGGCAAAGAUAUCCAGGAAGCGAGGAAUGAAACUUAUUCAACUGCCAGAAGGAUUAAUGAGGCUUACGGUUCGCCAGACUAUGAGCCUGUGGUUCUUAUUGAUCGUCCAGUUCCUCGUUAUGAGAAGAGUGCAUAUUAUGCUGCAGCAGAAUGUUGCAUCGUGAAUGCUGUGAGGGAUGGGAUGAACUUGGUCCCUUACAAGUAUGUUGUUUGCAGGCAGGGAACUUCCCAAAUGGAUGAAGCUAUGGGUGUUAAAUCUGAUGCUCCUCGCACAAGCAUGCUUGUUGUCUCUGAAUUCAUUGGUUGCUCACCCUCUUUAAGUGGAGCAAUUAGAGUAAAUCCUUGGGACAUUGAUGCUGUAGCUGAUGCCUUAAGUUCAGCGAUCACCAUGAAUGAUUCGGAGAAGCAAUUGCGGCAUGAGAAACACUAUCGUUAUGUCAGUACUCAUGAUGUGGCUUAUUGGGCACGUAGCUUUAUGCAGGAUUUGGAGCGAGCCUGCCAAAAUCAUUAUAGAAAAAGGUGCUGGGGUAUCGGUUGGGGCCUCGCGUUCAGAGUUGUAUCACUUUCUCCCAGUUUUAGGAGGUUGUCAGUUGACCAUAUUGUUUCAGCGUAUAAAAGGACCAAUAGAAGAGCCAUUUUUUUGGACUAUGAUGGAACUCUUGUUCCCCAAACUUCCAUUAUUAAAACCCCCAGCCCUGAGGUCAUCUCUGUUCUGAGAACUUUGAGCAGUGAUCCAAAGAACACUGUGUUUAUUGUCAGCGGAAGAGGGAGAAGUUCAUUGAGUGAAUGGCUUGACCCAUGCGAGGCACUAGGAAUAGCAGCUGAGCAUGGUUACUUCAUUAGGUGGGAUAAAAGCUCAGAGUGGGAGACCAUUUCUGUGGCAGCUGAUCUUGAUUGGAAAGAGAUUGUGGAGCCUGUGAUGAGAUCAUACACAGAAGCAACUGAUGGCUCCAAUAUAGAGGUUAAAGAGAGUGCUUUGGUAUGGCAUCAUCAAGAUGCCGACCCUGACUUUGGUUCCUGCCAAGCAAAGGAGUUGCUGGAUCAUCUUGAAAAUGUACUUGCAAAUGAACCAGCAGUUGUUAAAAGGGGUCAGGAUAUUGUUGAAGUUAAGCCACAGGGUGUGAGCAAAGGACUUGUUGCUGAAAAAGUUCUUUUGAGAAAGGUUGAGAGUGGGAGACCGCCUGAUUUUGUGAUGUGCAUUGGUGAUGAUAGGUCUGACGAAGACAUGUUUGAGAAAAUACUAAGUACAGUCUCUAGUCCAUCCCUCCCAGAAUCUCCAGAGAUCUUUGCCUGCACUGUUGGGCGAAAGCCAAGCAAAGCCAAGUAUUAUCUUGAUGAUACUGGUGAUGUUGUAAAAUUGCUUCAAGGCCUCGCAACUGCUCCAAGUCUAAAACCCAAGCAUCUUACACAGAUACAGGUUUCCUUUGAGAGUGCCAUUUAAGUUUGUUCAUCGAUCAUAACUUGACUGAUGCAUAAUGGAACCAUGCCAGUGCAAUUCUGAUUCAUGUCUGAAGCAAUUACCUUGACUGGAAGUAAUUGUGGUGGGUUUGCUAGGAUUCUGGUGGACAUGAUGACGAUUCUUGUUCUUUGUACAUGGCGGCAUUGAUAAAUUGUUGAUAUUAUGUGGUGCGUGCCAGCGAGCCUGAAUUUGGAAGUUUAUAUGUGGCCUUUUAUUCAAUGAUUGGGAGGUGCCAUUAACUUGUAUAGGUACACUCUCCUUUUCUUAAUACAUGAUCAGUUCUUAA